AUGGCAGCCCUCAACCUAUCAUCAACUGUACACACCCCGGUACCCACCACCUUUUCUCUUCGCUUACUCCUCUCUUAUUCUCCCCAAAAUACCCCUACCCUUUCAUUCUAUUCACAUUCCAAGCCCUCCCUUCUUUUCCCCUCUGUAUCUCUCAGACCCACAACCACAAUUAAACCUCGUUCUCUAAACACCGUCGUGGUUUCGGCUCUAAAAAAGCUCUCCGAGACAGACCUAGUCUCCAUUCCGCCGGAAUCUGACCAACUCGCGGUGAAAUUCCCGUCAGAUUCUGGCGUCUACGCCGUUUAUGACAAAAAUAAUGAUCUUCAGUUCGUUGGCAUAUCGCGGAACAUCGCGGCCAGUGUCCUCGCCCACCGGAAAUUUGUGCCGGGGCUCUGUUACUCCGUCAAGGUAGGGGUGGUAGAUGAGCCCGACAGAACAGCUUUGACCCAAGCUUGGAAAUCAUGGAUGGAAGAACACAUAGGAGCCACUGGAAAGGUACCACCAGGUAAUGAAUCAGGAAACACCACAUGGGUUCGGCAGCCACUGAAAAAGAAGCCUGAUCUGCGAUUAACACCAGGCCGCCAUGUCCAAUUGACGGUCCCUCUGCAGGAACUCAUUGACCGAUUGGUGAAGGAGAACAAGGUGGUGGCCUUCAUCAAGGGAUCAAGAAGUGCUCCACUAUGUGGAUUCUCACAGAGGGUGGUGGGGAUUCUUGAAAGUGAAGGGGUGGAUUAUGAGAGUGUUGAUGUGCUGGAUGAAGAGUAUAAUAAUGGAUUGAGGGAGACAUUGAAGAACUAUAGCAACUGGCCUACAUUCCCUCAAAUUUUUGUUAAUGGCGAAUUGGUAGGUGGGUGUGAUAUCUUGUCCUCCAUGCAUGAGAAGGGUGAGCUUGCUGGUCUGUUUAAAAACUAG